AUGGACCAUUCAACAAGCACAGCCGAGAUCGUCUCCGCCCAAUUGAUAACUGCGACCCUUAGUGGCCUUGCCUACAACUCCAUGACCCAACCAUCAGGGCUUAUAUGCGAAGCUGACGCCGACGUGGGCUUCCCUCUUCGUAUAUCUCCUGUCAUCUGCAUUAUCGACGCGAUCAACAUCAUGGGUCACUUCGCGUGGUAUUGUUGUACUAAAGGAUCCCUCUACGAGGUCAUGAAAGCCCUGCUCGGCUGGCGAUUCAAGGGUCAGCAUCACGCCGAGCUACGAGAUGCUUCGCCUACUGGCUCUCCCAAACGAAUUCUCAAGACAGUGGUCUCCAAGAUUCUGCCGCGAAUCAUCACCUCCUCCCCGCCAAUCUGCACAUUCAUCAAGAUUUGCGGUUCCGAGGGGCUUGUAUGGACAAAAGUCAUCGCUGUGGCGUUCGUCUUUUCGUUUAUCGUUUCCGAACUAUUAGUCGUCUGGCCUGCGAUGAUCUGGCCUGAGAUGAUUAUCUCAAUUGCCGAGCCGAACAAGAACCCCCAGUCAAACGAGGAUCCCCAGCCCAACGAGAAUCCCCAGCCCGACAACGAUGAACAUUCGCCAUACUUGGUAACCUACUCCUCAAUCGCUCUUGCGGUCAUGUUCAUGCUGUGGUUCGCAUCUGCGGCUGCCCAAGAUUGCUGGGGGCAACCUCAUCACAUCCAACCUCAGUGGUUGGCCAAGACCACCGGCAUGCUGGGCUGCCCGUUGGCUGUAUCCGCGCUCCUCUACUUAUACUACGGGAACAUUGCCGACAUAAAGAACAGACUGGAGUCAACCCAGUCUAUCACGGCCAUUAUAGCUGCGACUUGGUGCGCGAUUGCCAUGUGGUUCGCCGCGGAGACAUUGGAGGCUUUGAGAAGAGUGGCGGCCAAUUCCCACGCACGAGAAACGGUCGAAAUGUUCACCGCGUGGUAUUUCUUCUGUCUCAAUUUCGCCACAGCACUGAUUUACUACAUGUAUAGUUACAACCCAGCUGGUACAGCAAAGCCCCACUGGGAUUGGGAAGAAUGGCUGGGAUAA